AUUAAAUGUGGUAAUGAUUUUUUUUCUUCCUUUAAGAAAUCAUCUAAUUUCAUUCUUCUAUUAGUAUCAUUUGAUAUUUAGUAAAUACCAUUUGAUAACUCUUAUGACUUUCUUGAUGUACACCAUCUUAUUUGAACAAGAGAAAACAGAAUAAAUUUCUAUUGCCAAAAAAAAAAAAAAAAAAAAAUCUCUCUAAAUAUCUAUCUCUUUCUAAACAUUUUUUAUCCUCAAAAUCUUUAUAUAAAAUCUUAUAAACAUCAUCAAAACCAAAGUGUAGUGCCUCAUAUCAAAACAAAUUGAAAGGUGAAAAAAUGGGCUUUAAGGAUUUUCAACUCAAGGUAGCCAAGAAAUUUCAGCUGAAAGUUUUUUUUGCCAAAGAAGAAGGAACCAAGAAGCGAGGAUCAGGAAAUGGGACCAAGAAGAGUGCUCUUUCAUGGAUGAUGCCAAUAACUCAUGGAUACUACGUGGCGGAGGAAAGAGGUGGUGGUGCGCGGCCACAAACGCCUCAAAGUAACAAGGUAGAGAGUGAUAAUGUGGUGGUGCAAAGAGAACAAGUAGAAGAACAAGAAUGGUGGUUCUAUGGUGUUUUUGACACAAGAAUUGGUGGCGGAGUUACCAAGUACUUGCAAACUCAUUUGUUCAAUAACAAUCUUAGCGAGUCACGGAUGAGGAAGAAAAGCAAAGAAACAAUGAAAAAGGCACAUAUGAAUGCAAAAGCUAAGGUGAGGGAAACAGAGAAACAAGAAAGCACCUGGAAUAUGGGUUCAGCGUCUGCAAUAGUCAUCAACGGAGAGAGGCUAGUACUCGCAAACAUGGGUGAAUACAAAGCUGUAGUAUGCAGAGACGGUGAAGCUUUUGAAAUUAACAGAAAGCAACAGCAACCAACAAAGCCACAUUGGUCACAUAAGCUCUUCCCAGUUGUGAAACGAAGAAUAGGAGCUGGAGUUGAUAAGCCUUCUAAAAGCUCGGAACUUGUUGUUGGUUCUGAAAGAAUUGAUCGCGAUACUGACUUUGUUAUCCUAGCUAGUUCUGGCAUAUGGGAGGUAAUGAAGCAGCAAGAGGCAGUGAACCUGAUCAGGCAUUUGGAAGAUCCACAAGAAGCUGCUGAAUGCUUAGCCAAAGAGGCAAUAACUAGAAUGAGCAAAAGCAAUGUUUCUUGCCUUAUAAUUAGGUUUGAGUGAUGCAGAAAUGAGAGAGUUUGUGUAGAAUUUCUGAAUGAAACUAUACUAUAAACUUAUAUACUCUUCAUUGAGUCAUUCCCAUUUACAGAACUGGGAAGUUAUCCAAAUACAAACUAGGAGGAACAUAUUUUUAGCAAUUUAAGAUUUUGCUUUUUCAAGCAAUACUUCUGUAA